AGGGCGGGCGCGGCGCGGCCCCUCCCCGGGGCGGUGCCGGGGCCGGCGGUAGCGGCGGAGCGGGGCCAUGGUGAAGAUCGGCGUCCAGCAGCCGCCCGCGGCGCUCAAGCCGGAGAAGGAGAAGGAGAAGGCGGCGGGGGGCGAUGGGGUGGCGGGCGCCGUGCUGCUGCCCCCGGGCACCGAGGAGCCGGUCCCCGCGGCGCAGGGCCGCCGCUCGUCGCUCAGCGGGGUGUGCUACCUGACCAUGGGCCUGCUCGUGCUGCUGCUGGGGCUGGUCUUUGCAUCCAUGUACGUCUACAGAUACUUCUUCAUCACCCAGCUGCCCCGUGAGAGCGUGUUCCACUGCGGUGUCCUGUACGAAGACUCGCUGUACUCGCCCUUCAAAGGGCAGCUGGAGCUGCACGAAGAUGUCAAGAUCUACAUUGAAGAGAACUACGAGCAAAUCAAUGUCCCAGUGCCCCAGUUUGGAGGGAGCGACCCUGCAGACAUCAUCCAUGAUUUCCAGCGAGGUCUGACAGCGUAUCAUGACAUAACGCUGGACAAGUGCUACGUCAUCGAGCUCAACACCACCAUCGUGAUGCCUCCUCGCAACCUGUGGGAGCUGCUGGUCAACGUGAAGAAGGGGACAUACCUGCCUCAGACGUACAUAAUCCAGGAGGAGAUGAUCGCCACGGAGCACGUCAGUGACAUGGAGCAGCUGGGCUCCUUCAUCUACCGCCUGUGCAGCGGCAAGGAGACGUACCGGCUGCGGCGGCGCGGCGCCCGCCGGCGUAUCAGUCGACGUGAGGCUGGAAACUGUCAUCGCAUUCGUCACUUUGAAAACACUUUUGUGGUCGAAACUGUUAUCUGCCAAAAGUCAUGAAGCCACUCUCCAGAUGUAACCUUCCUUGGCUUUGCUUGCACACAUGCUCUCAGCCCUCUCUUUAGACAUGGUAAUCUGGCUACUUUUUAUACUCCCCCCAGCUUCUGCAGCUCUAACCUCUGGGGUCCUUUGUGGCCCUUUCUUCCCUGCUACCUACCCGAGACAUUGGCUGGGCUUAAAUUUACACAGUGCUCAAAGAUAAUGGGGGGUGGAUGCAGCUUCUUCCACACUCCAGUAUGGAAAUCUCUUCUGAGAGCAGGUUUGGGUAGAAGGGUUGGCUGAGAAAGAGGAAUGCUGGAAAUAGGUGCUCUUUUCCUGGCUGAGCAAUUUCAGGCUGGGAUAUUGCUCUGAGGCUGCCAUGGCACUGGGACAGAGGGUGUAUGCACAAGAGGAGGAUUUCCAUUUCAGGGCUGAUAUAAUGACCUAAACCAGGUGCACUUAGGAAAGGAAUAGUUGUGAGGCUACAGACAGGACAGUUGGAGAGCUCAGCAGAGGGAAGGUAGUGUCAGCAGCAGAGCUUGUAGUUACUGGCAAGUGAAGAAGCAGGUUUUUCAAAUCUUUUAACAGUGUGUAUUCUUGUGUAAUUCCUCCAGUGAAAGCUGUUUUGAUAGUAAUCUCUGUAAUACAGCUGUGUAUCACAUCUGCAGGCACCAGUGGAGUACAGAUACUGAUAUAAGGCAAGAUUCAGCUGAUCAAUGUACUGCAGAGAAAUUAUUUGAACAAAACUGCAUUUCUAUUGAUCAUCAGACAGAAGAAUUGCAGAGUAAUUAAAUAUUCUUCCCUCCAUUCCAUAAAUGCAGUUAAAACUAAUUAGGUUCUUGAAAUGCAGGCAGUUUUUUGGCUUGAAAGAAUGGGGUGAGUUUCAACUUGGCACAUUCUUGUUAAUUGGUUUCCAGCAAAUCUGGACCUGUUCACCAUCUGUUGAAAUGAGCUUGUUGUUUUGGAAGAGGAAGGAUAAAGUAAAUGCAAGUACAAUCAUUAACUCAGCAGAACCAAAAUGCAAAGUUAAUAUAUUUUAAACUUCUGAGUGUUAAUUUUAUGAGUUAAUUAUGUGAAAACAAAACAGAAUCUCAGGAUAGUCAUGUAAUGCAAUAGGAAUUAGUAUGUCAUUAGAGGCUGAGUAUUUAUUAUUUAUAUAAACAUAGCUAUAAAUAUUAAUUUCUGUCAAAUAGAGGAGGACACUUCCGUUUCAUUCUGCUUUAAGCUUGAUGUAAAAUGAAGAAUUAUGUGCACUUCUUGCAGGUUGGUGUGGAAAGUUUCCCACUGCCAGAUGGGUAUUUACUUUUCUAGCAUUGUGUUUUCUAGGCAAUAACUUGCUGCUAGCCUCAGCCUUUAAUUGCCAAGAGGAUGACAAGAAGUGGGACAGAGAAUUAGUUCACUUAAUGGAAAUAACUGGUAAAUUUAAGCCCUGUGUUUCUCUUCCUUUCUAGAAGCCUGAGCCUGCACUCAGGUGAGCAUACAGGCCUCUUCCCUCCCCUCUGGUUGUGCAUGAUGUAACUGGCCAUUGGAUAUGCUAACUGUGCAGUCCUGCAGCUGUGAGGACAAACCUCAGAUCUCUGGGGUCAGCUCCCGUGGUCACUGUUCCGUAGGAUGAGAAUGCAGUUGUAGAAAGAAAACAUAAGAUGCUUUGUAUAUUUUGUCUGGUGGGAAUCUUACUUCUUAGGAAAAACCCAUGGGAUAAUAAAGUCUUUUACCUCUGA